GGGGCCCGGCGUUUCCUGUCUCCGGAGUGACGGAGUCCGGCCUUUGCUGGCUUCGCCAUAUUAUUGUCGUGUCUGCGAAGAUACGCAUCUACAAGCUCGUGAAGAAGCAUCGUGGCCUUUAUACGACACAAAUCCACCAUUUGAUUUUCAUCGGCGAUGAGCGAUAUCGAGAGAAGUGGUAGUCGUAGUGCAAGUCCGCGCCGACCACGAACUGCAGACGGUGGUUUAAGGGAUUCACGAUCACACUCGAGAUCGCGUAAAUCGCGCGAGCGGAAGGACAGAGAGGUCAAAUAUUCAAGGUCCCGUAGUCGCUCUGCAUCACGUGGACGGAAGUCAUAUCGCGGCAGCAAGUACACCAGUGUUGGUCAUCGUAGCAGCCGCAGUCGGAGUCGCUCACCAUACCGCGGUGGUCGUUACUCUCGCAGUAGAUCUCGCUCAUACUCACGAUCGCGAUACUCUCGCGAUAGACACGUGUACCGUUCACACUCGCGCAGCCCAAUGUCAUCUAGACGACGACAUAUCGGCAAUCGAGACAAUCCUUGUCCUUCCCGGUGCCUAGGUGUUUUUGGACUCUCCAUUUUUACUACUGAACAGCAAAUUCAACAUAUAUUCUCAAAGUAUGGUCCAGUAGAACGAGUACAGGUCGUUAUCGAUGCAAAGACUGGACGUUCUAGAGGAUUCUGCUUUGUAUAUUUUGACACCUCCGAGGAUGCUAAAGUGGCUAAAGAGCAAUGUACCGGUAUGGAAAUCGACGGGAGGCGUAUUCGCGUAGACUUCUCUAUCACACAACGUGCCCACACCCCCACUCCAGGAAUAUACAUGGGAAAACCUACACAUCUGCACGAUAGAAGCUGGGACGCACCGAGGCGUAGAGAGGUUAGCUACAGAGGAAGCUAUCGUCGCUCACCCAGUCCAUACUACAGUCGCCGGCGUUCACGUUACGACCGUUCUAGAUCGCGCUCUUAUUCACCGCGUUUUGAAUCAAGAGGUAUUGGAUGAUAGAGGGAAGUUUGAAGUUUCACUCUGAAAAAAUGAGUUUUGAAAAGUCAAGACAAGAUAUUUGAAGAACACGUUUAUCUUGCUCACAUUGUCAAGAGUCUGAAGGUUUUGUCGGUUGCUUGUGACAAAGAAUAUGAUCUGCAAUUCAUUUCCGGCUGAGAAGCCUCAAGCCUAGAAGAAAACUUCAAGUAAUGCAAGCCCGAAGACAGAGUCGAGUUGAUCGUCAAACCCCCGACCGGGACACAGGUUAUUUGGUUGGGGGUGAAAACAGGGCCGAAAGUGUUUCCGAAAAUAUUGAAGAAGUUCAUCGAAAAUCUUUCGUAGAAUAGGGACGAGCGUAAGGUGCUCCCAGACCUUUAUACCGAUCAUAUUCUUUAUCAGUUGGUUUGGUUGCCACACGCCAUUUUAUUCGCUCUAGAGAACUGCAUAUAUAUAAUAUGCUUAUAUGCAAAAACCUCUAUAUAUGCAUGCGUGAAAAUAAAGAUAAAAGUUCGCAUACUUCCUUUACCACAUCCUCUCCCUCCACCAUCCUGAGACCUCGGUUUCCUUCAAGAAGACCUCAUAUUAUUAUGAAUUUUACCUAUCUACUGAUAAUUAAUAGAACUUCAUCGUAGCAAUUUAUUAAUAAAUGUUGUUUCUGCCAUGCUCAACUUUGGUCCCUCUCUUUUUUGUGGUUUUUUUACAUUGCGAAGUUUGGUGCGUAAUACGCGAGUCGCUUUUUACUUUAGGGUAAAAGUAAUGUUGCGGAUCGAUUGAUCCUUUCCAAUACCCUGCGAGUUAUUAUUGCCUUUGCAAACUUUUAGGUCUUAAAUUUGUAGUAUGUAAUAGAAGUAUAUUUGUCGGGACUUUAUCUGAAAUUUAAUGCUAAUAAAAUCAGCUUCCAGCAAAGAAUUCGCCUUUUGGAUUUUCUAAUUCCCAUGGAUCGCUACUUAUUUCUACAGAACUUUGUAUCUACAGCGAUAGUUGCAUUCGUUGGUUAUCGUAAUUCAGUUCUUCACAUUCUGAAACUAAAAACUGUCGAUCGCGAUCGUUCAACGAGUCCAUCGUGGCUGACAGGUAUCUCUAGAGAUUGAUUCAAGUAAACGUAAGUGAUUAUCACGAUUGGAAAAAUAUCCAACAAUUGAGACGCAAGCUAUCAAUAUUUACACUUUAG